AUACUAAAUAUUCGGAGUUGAUACUUCUCAAAAGAAAGGAGACGAAGUUACUUGAAACAAUAGGUGAUCAGCUAUACAAAUUGGGAGUGCGACAGGUAGAAUCGACAAAUGGAGUUGAUAUAAAGUCGUUUCUUCAACCUAUAAUAGCGGGAGAUGUAGAGUUGAUAGACAGAGUUGAUAAAAACUCCGGUGAUCAAUCUAUAAGAGAGGAGGCAGAGCGAAAAAAAUCGGUGUCGGAUAAUCAUCCACAAAAUUGUGCCGAGAUCAAAUCCAGUGGGAUCUAUGAAUUACUCCUCCCCAACUUAAGUAGUAAUCCUUUUAAUGUUGCGUGCGAUGCCGAAACUCGAGGAGGCGGGUGGACAAUCAUCCUACGGAGAAUGAACGGAGCUGUCGACUUUCAACGGAACUGGAAUGAGUAUAAACAUGGAUUCGGAGAUCUAAAUAGCGAGUUCUUUUUAGGCUUGGAAAAAACACAUGAACUAACUGCAGAUAUAAGUCAAGAGUUGCUCGUUAUUCUGGAGGAUCAUAAUGGAAAUGAAGCAUUUGAGACUUAUGAAGAGUUUGGAAUCGGCAACGGGGACCAACAAUAUGUCUUACACACUCUGGGCAGAGCCAAUGGAACUGCUAAUGAUUCACUGUCAUAUCAUCGUGGCAUGCAAUUUACCACUUUUGAUGUUGAUAAUGAUCGUCACUUUUCAAUAAACUGCGCCGAAAAAUUCUCUGGCGGCUGGUGGUACAAUUCUUGUCAAGACAGCAAAUUGACCGGAAAAUACGCAGACCACAACGUGGGCAUGGGCGUCAAUUGGUACGCUUUUCGGGGUGCUGAGUACUCAUUGAAAAGAGCUGUCAUGAUGAUACGUCCGCGGAAGUAAAUACUGAUCCCCUAAUAUGUCUUGUCUGAUUAUUUUUCGAUAAGAAUUUAAAAUAUGUGUAACAUGUAUAUUCACUACUUGUCUUUUUAAUAUUAUACCAUAUA